CGAAUAUCAAAAUGCUAAAAUAAAAUCUUCAACUAAAAUAAUGAUGACAAAUUUGAAACUAUUCUUAAUUCAGCUUUUGAAGGAUUGGAACAAGGAUGAAAGUCAUUGGGAUAAGCAUCUAAGACGACAGACAACUCCUGUGGAAAAUCCGCCUCAGCAACAAAGCCAGGAAGUCUUCCAAAAAUGCUUCUACUAA